CGAACGGACGGUUUUAAGCAACAGCAGCAGCACUAAAGGCUCAGUUCUACUCCUCCUCUCCCUCUCUCUCUCUCCUCCUCCUCCUCCAUCAUCAUCACCGCCUUCGCUCCCCCUCCUCCUUCCUUCCUUCCCCGGUUUAUUCCUCCGCGAUUUUUCACCGAGAUCCGCAGCCGGGUGAACGCACAGAGCUUUUCGGUAAGGGGACUUUACUCGAGAGCGAGGCCCCCCGGCCCCCUCCUCCUCCUCCUCCUCCUUUUCCUUUCCCCCGCUCCCUUUUCGCCUGCCUUUUUUUUCCUUCGUGCGAACGGAUUUAUUUGGAGGAUUUGUGAGCUCCGGACGAGGCCGCUGGCUUGAGCGCAGGAGGGGGGAUGACUUUAGAGUCUAUGAUGGCUUGCUGCCUGAGCGAAGAGGCGAAGGAGUCGAAACGGAUCAACGCCGAAAUCGAUAAGCAGCUGCGCCGAGACAAGCGGGACUCGAGGCGGGAAUUAAAGCUUCUCCUUCUCGGUACGGGAGAGAGCGGCAAGAGCACAUUCAUCAAACAGAUGCGCAUCAUCCAUGGCACCGGCUACACGGACGAAGACAAGCGCGGCUUCACCAAGCUGGUCUACCAGAACAUCUACACGUCUAUGCAGUCCAUGAUCCGCGCCACAGAGACGCUCAAAAUCGGCUACAAGUACGAGCAGAACAAGGCCAACGCCAUGCUGGUGAAGGAGGUGGACAUCGAGAAAGUCUCGUCAUUUGAUCAGCCCUACGUGAACGCCAUUAAGAUGCUGUGGUCAGAUCCGGGCAUCCAGGAGGCCUACGACCGCCGCAGAGAGUACCAGCUCUCUGACUCCACUAAAUACUAUCUAUCCGAUCUGGACCGUAUCUCCGAGCAGCACUAUCUGCCCACCCAGCAGGACAUACUUAGGGUCCGAAUCCCAACCACGGGCAUCAUCGAGUACCCUUUCGACUUGCAAAGCAUCAUUUUCAGAAUGGUGGAUGUGGGUGGGCAGAGGUCUGAGCGCAGGAAGUGGAUCCACUGCUUCGAGAACGUCACGUCCAUCAUGUUCCUGGUGGCGCUGAGCGAGUACGACCAGGUGCUGGUGGAGUCUGACAAUGAGAACCGUAUGGAGGAGAGUAAAGCGCUUUUCAGGACGAUAAUCACAUAUCCGUGGUUCCAAAACUCCUCGGUCAUCCUCUUCCUCAAUAAGAAGGACCUCCUGGAGGAGAAGAUUUCCUAUUCCCACCUGGUCGACUACUUCCCAGAGUUUGAUGGGCCCCAGCGGGACGCGCAAGCAGCGAGGGAGUUCAUCCUCAAGAUGUUCGUGGAUCUGAACCCCGACAGCGACAAGAUCAUCUACUCGCACUUCACCUGCGCCACGGACACGGAGAACAUCCGCUUCGUCUUCGCCGCCGUGAAGGACACCAUCCUGCAGCUCAACCUCAAGGAGUACAACCUGGUGUAGGCCGCCGUUGCCGGGGACUACUCGCACAUUUCAGCACAGAACAGACACACACACCCCUACACACACAUACAUACACACACACACACACACACACACACACACACACACACACACACACACAUCACUCAAUAACCUACGGUCCACUUUGUUUUCCAGCCUUCUAGUUUUUCGUCCAGCUGCGUGAGGGUGUUCCAGACCUUCCCUGCUUUUACCCUCUUGUCUGUUUUGCCAAAACCCAUCCACUUUCUCUCGUCGGCAGCUCAUGUCCAAGCCCUCCCUCCCUCCAUCCAUCCCUCCUUCUUUUUCGUUCCUUUGAAUUGGACCAUUGGGAAUUAUUAUUUUCAGAUUUGUUGACAGGGGGGCGGGGUUAUAGACUCAGACUUCUUGUUUUCACUCUCGUUUUG